UCUUUAUUCUUCCAAGAGAUAAGAGAGCGUUGUCCUAAAAGCUCGUAGACCCCUGAUUACUGAGCUAACGGGUUAGAAAAAUCGUUGCUGCGCCGCACAAUGGUGCACUUUAUCCGCGUAAUUGACUCAAUGACCAUUUGCCAACGUGGAAGUCUAUCGUCGUCGUUGUCGUUGCUCGACUAUAUGACAGAGACGACGAAGAGACGAAGAGACGAAGACGACGAAGACGACGACCAACAUCGUGCUUUCUUUAUCCGGCUGACCCACUCAGAUUGCUACAACGCAAAAGACAUGAUCAGGGAGAGAUGGAAGGGGAAGGAGAGGAGAGAGGAAAGGAGGAAGAGAGGAGAGAUUAAACGGGUGAAAAUUAGAAGGAGAUGGAUACGAGAAGUAGAUGAGAAGAGGAGAGACAUUAUUACUAAACCAAAUGAGUCAUUCUAUUCGAGCUCGGCCGGAUCAUUCGGAGAUAAAGGCAAGGACAAUAUCACGGAAUAUAACGAAAAGAAGUGAACGAAAAGUGUUGGAAUAGAAAAAUAUUAUGGUCGAUUAAGAUCGUCGUUUAAAAACAACAACAUCGAAUGAUAAUUAUCAAUCCUUUCCAACGUAAUACUCUGUUAUUAUUAUAAUAACAAAGUUUCGCUGCGUAAUAAUCUUGAAAGUUCGAAAUCGUGUCUAUAUAUAAAGAUACGUGUAUACCACUCCCAUUUCUUUUUAUCUCUUAAGAUAAACGACAUGGCGUAUUUACACCAUGAACAUUUAAUAUAUCCUUCUCUUCUUUUCCUUCCUUCAC